UAGAAAAAAAAACGAAUUUUCAAUUUUUUUCCAGUAGCAAAGACAUUGUGUUAACUAAAGCGAGAGAAUAUACAUUACUGUGUUUUCUUAAAUAUUUGCAACAAAUAUGAGGCUGGCAACAUUCUUAGUGUUGCUUAUAUGUACGGGAGCAAGAAACGCUGACAUAGAUCCACUGAAAACAAUUAUUUGGGGCCCAGGACUGAAACCAGCAGAAGUUAUUAUGCGUGCAAGAUAUUUCUUUUUGCAACUGGUCGAUUCGCAUGGAAGAAAUUUAACAAAAUCUCCUGGUGAGAAUAUAAUCACUGGGCAAGUAUAUGGACAAUCCCUUAAUGGUGCAUCAUGCCGCAUAUGGACUCAAAUCUUUGACUGCAAAGAUGGAAGUUUUAUUAUGCGCUACAAAGUUUUUAAUACCUGUUUUAAUGUUAAAAUUAAAGUGAAAAUCAAAGGAAAAGACUUGUUAGUAUCCCCUUCAGACAUCAAAGGUCCUGUUUAUGAGGAAGAAUGUUAUUGUCCGAAUCCAUCAAUCACUAACUGGUUGAAUCAUUAUCAGUGUCAACAAAAUUACACUCAAAUACAUCGUGAUUUGUCUCCAUUUUCAAAUAUUGACUUUGAUAAAAUACGUCAAAACAUUAUCAAAAGAUAUGAUCGACCAACCAGUGUCAGCAUUUGUCAUUAUGUAUUAAAAUCUAACAGAAUUUACAGACAAUGUUAUGGCCAAUAUGUUGGCUUCAAAAUAUUUAUGGAUGCUAUAUUGCUAUCGCUUACACGCAAAGUGAUGCUGCCAGAUAUUGAAUUCUUCGUGAAUUUAGGCGACUGGCCACUUGUUCCUGAUUCGGGAUCGCUUUAUCCUAUUUUUUCAUGGUGCGGAUCUGAAAGUACGAAAGAUAUUGUUAUGCCUACAUACGAUAUCACAGAAUCAUCUCUAGAAGCGAUGGGAAGGGUAAUGUUAGACACACUCUCCGUACAAGGUAAUGGACUGCCAUGGGAGUAUAAGACUGAGCAAUUAUUUUGGCGUGGACGUGAUGCCAGAAGGGAACGCCUUGACUUAAUAGAUAUUUCAAGAAAACAUCCAGAACUGUUUAAUGUGUCCAUUACUAAUUUCUUCUUCUUUAGGGAUGAAAUAGAUAAAUACGGACCUGCACAAAAUCAUGUGUCAUUUUUUAAUUUUUUUAAGUACAAAUAUCAAUUGAAUAUUGAUGGCACAGUAGCAGCUUAUCGAUUCCCAUAUUUACUUGCUGGAGAUUCUUUGGUGUUUAAGCAAGAAUCCAAGUAUUAUGAAUUUUUUUAUAAAGAUCUUACAUCUGGAUUACAUUAUGUACCUGUGAAAAGCGAUCUAUCGGAUCUUGUCGAAAAGAUUAUGUGGGCAAAGGAGCAUGAUGAGGAUGGAUUGAGAAUUGUUAAAUCUGCCAGACAAUUUACCAGGGAUAAUUUAUUACCACGUGAUAUAUUAUGUUACUAUACAGUUUUAUUUCAUGAAUGGAAUAAACGCUUAAAGAGUAAAGUUGAAGUAUUAAAUAACAUGGAAGAAGUACCACAACCUAGUCAUUCUUGUCAGUGUCAUUUUAAGAAUUCAAACCUUCGAGAGGAAUUGUAAUUUUGAACAUCUUUUUGUAACAUCA